UAUGGUGGAGAAAGGAGGAAACUUUCAGUUUUACAUUAUUAUUUUCAUAGUUUUCAAUUUAGUUCUGCUUUCAAUUUGUAAUAAAGCAGACGAAAAAGAAACAAAAAAUGGUAAAGACGAGAAAUGGAAGAAGAAAAACAUUCGUGAUUACAGUGAAGCUGAUUUAGAACGACUAUUUGAUCAGUGGGAGGACAAUGAUGAGGAUGAGUUAGAAGAGGAUGAACUUCCUGAAUGGAAAAGAGAACCACCCAAAAUAGAUAUGUCAAAGUUAGACCCCAGUAAACCAGAAGAAAUGAUAAAAAUGUCAAAGAAAGGAAAAACCCUAAUGAUGUUUGCAACAGUGUCAGAAAACCCAAGCGAAAAAGAAACUGAGAAAAUUACAUCACUGUGGCAUACAAGUCUGUUUAAUGCUCAUAUUGAUACACAGAGAUAUGUAGUGGGUAGUAACAGAGUUAUAUUUAUGUUGACGGAUGGAUCUAAAGCCUGGGAAGUUAAAGAUUUUUUAACCCAACAAGAAAGAUGUGAAGAGGUUACAAUAGAAGGCAAAAGUUAUCCAGGGAAAGGACAGAAAUCAGAAGAAUCAUCAGAUAAAAAGAAAAAUGUAGACAGUUCUAAAAAUAAAAUCAAAGAUAAAUCAAAAAGUGAAAGUGAAAGUAGUAAAAAAUCUACAAAAGAUAAAGAUAUUGAUGAUAACAGAACAGGAAGGAAAAAGACUGAGUUAUGAGUUUGUUCGUAAAUUUUAAAAUUGUCUUCCAAAGAGGAAAAAGGAUAAUUUUUUUAUUUUUUAUUUUUGAUAGAAUUAUAAAUUCAGCAGGUUUCUGAAACCAACAGCUGGAUUUUCUUUGACUCCUGCUUCAUUAUUUUGUUUGGAGCCUCCACAUUAUACAAAAUAUAAGAAGAAUUAUGUUUUAUUAGACAAGUAUAAGUAAUAAUUCAUAUUACUUGUCAAUUUUGUAGCCAUUGAUUUUUUUCUAUUUUUUCUAAAUGUUAAAUCACUAAUUUACACAGUUGUUAUUGUGCUGAACAUAAAAGCAAAAUUUUCCAUCUGUUAAACAUUAUUUAAUUAUUUAAAUAAAGUAGGUUGGGAUUUUGUCAAGAAAAAAAAUACGUGACAAAGGAAAUAUUUUCAUGUCAAACAUGUUAUCCCUAAAUGACCCCAUGUCAAAAUGAGCAGUUUAUUUCUUCUUCAUAAAAGGGAAAUUAGAAACUCCUCUAUUCGAUUUUCGAUUCGAAUUUGAUUAUAUGAAAUCUCUUAUAUAAACAUACAUUAUGAGUAUAUAUCCUCCCUUGAAAAAAAAAGGCAGCAACAAUAAAAAAUAAUUCAAAUUAGCUGACCAAUUACUAAUUAAUUAUAUUUAUCUAGCCAAAGAGGUUUAUAUCUCAUGAAAUAAACUUUGUAAUAUCAUGCUAACCAAUUACUAACUAUUCAUAUAUAAAGAGGUUCAUAUCUCAUGAAACGAAAUUUGUAAUCUCAUGCAUGCAUUUACAAACAUUUAUAUAUAAGACUUUUUAUACGACUGCAAAAAUUAAAAAUUUUUUGGUCGUAUAUUGGUAUCACGUCGUCGUCGUCAGCGUCGUCCGAAGACGGAUGGUUUACGGAUAAUAACUUUAGUAUAAGUGAAUAGAAAUCAAUUAAAUUUUAACACAAUGUUUAUAACCACAAAAGGAAGGUUGGGAUUGAUUUUGGGGGUUAUGGUUCCAACGGUUUAGGAAAAAGGGGCCAAAAGGGGCCCAAAACAAGCAUUUAUCUAGUUUCAGGACAAUAAGUUGUGUAUAAGUAUUUCAAUUGCUCCGAAAUUGUACCACAAUGUUCAUACCAUUAAGUAGAAGGUUGGGAUUUAUUUUAAGGGUAAUGGGGCAAACAGUCUAUGAAUAAAGGGGCAAAAAGGGGCCAAAAACAAGCAUUUUUGUAGUUUCGGGACAAUAACUUAUGUAUAACUGUAUCGAUCUCUCUGACAUUGUACCACAAGAUUUCAUAUAACGAAGGGAAGGCUUGGAUUCAGUUUGGGGUUAAUAUCCCUUAACAUUUAGGAAUAAGGGGCCAAAAAAGGGCCAAAAAGAAGCAUUUUUCUAGUUUACAGACAAUAACUUGUGUUAAAGUGUAUGGAUCUCUCUGAAAUUAUACUACAAGUUUUCUUGUAAAUUAAAUUUGAAGGUGGACAUUUCUCGUUUGCUAAUAUAAUAAUUACCAGAACAGAAAUUAGAAUAAAUGUGCCAGAUCCUUGUCAGUAAAAUGUCAAUACAGAUCUGUAUUAUUUGUCAAUAAAUUAUAAAUGUGAUCAGUCAUACAAUUCUUACCAAAGGCACUUCCUGGUAUUGACAGAUGAUAAUGUCUAUUUAAAAUAUGCAGCUUGGUGAAAGUCAAAGUCUUAUAUUGUUUGUUUACUCAUGUUUGUGUCUUAUGUUAAUUGUCUGAUAUGUAUGCCUUGACUUUGUGUUUAAUUUUAAUAAUCUGACAUCAUUACAUUACCAAGAGUUUUCAUAUAUAAGAUGUAAAUUGGUUGUUCCAUGUGACUAAUUUAUCACGCGUUAGUGAGAAAUAUCAAAGAAACUAAAGAAGUUUAGUGACAUAAGCAUCAGAAAAAUGGUUUUAUAAACAUGUAUAAGGUAUGUUACCUUGCAGAAGAAUAUAUUUUUUCAAUAAAGUUAUAAACCUUUAAAUGGCAUUACUGAUUUAUUUAUAUUUAUGAUAUUUGAGAUUAAGAAUUAACAUUGAGUCUCAUUUUUGUCGAACCUAAGUCAGUUGAAAUAUUUGGAGGACUAAAAGUCUACUUAAAUAAACAUAUUUCAUGUUUCAUAUAUAUUAAUAUAAUAUAGCCGUUGAAUGAAAUAAAAGCUCUUGAAGCAUAUUUUUCUCAGUUUAAAUUGUAACAAUUAAGUCUAGGUGUAUAUGGUACAAAAUAAUUAAAUUUACAAAGUGAUUUCUAAGCAGUCUUUUGUCAGUUUGAUUGAUAAGAUGUCCUUAUACAUAUCUGUCUGACAGGGAACCUACUUAUUUUGAGUUUAGAUUACGAGUUUUCUUUCUGAAAUUAGUAAAAAUUAUAUCUUUGUCAUUGUUACCUGAAAAAAUGAUUUUUAGAAAAUUAUUUAAAGGCAAAUGUUUGCAUAUACAAUGUUUUGGUUUGAUAAGAAGUGCAAUUUCUUUAUUAAUAAUUUUGCUUUUAUUUUAAACAAAUGCUUUGAAGUAUUUUGCCUGUCUUCCCGUAAUAUUUACACACAUGUAAAUUAAAAAAUACUUGAGGCAUUCAUAAAAUUUCAGGUUCUACACAACAAUAUUGUAGUAAUAGUUACUUAUUUUUCUAAGGUUGUCUUUUUUCGGUCUUAAUCUUUAGGAUGACUUUUACAUCUCAUAACUUUUCAUAAACUUGUAAUGUAAUACAAUGUUUUUGUUUUGAAAGUAAUGGACAAGUAUCAGUUUACUGUAUGUUAUAAAGGUGAAGGAAAAAAAAUGUUUAUAUCAGGAACCAAAAGUAUCUGUCUUCCCUCGAUAAUGAAGAUUUAUCUGUCUUCCCUCGAUAAUGAAGAUUUAUCUUUAUUGUUAAAAUAAACUUGCAGUAUUGGCUUUUAUCAUAAAUCUUAAAAUUUUAAUUAACAAGUAUUCUAAACAUGGAUAUGUUUGUCUUUGGACAUCAAUGUAUUUCUUGUUGAUUUAAAAAAAUCAACCGUUUUUAAUAAAUCUAUUAAUAAGUUUAUACUUCAUAAUUUGACUUACUGUUUUACCUGUAAUUGGUUAUACACACACCUCAGUUUACCUUUAAAUCUAUUGUAGGUAAGGUGAACACAACAAUGCUGUCAUAUGUUGGCUAAUUUGAUUGCUUAUGUCAUAAAAUCUUCUGAACUUUUGACAUCAAGCUAUUUUCUUUGUUUAUGUUUGUUUUUAUUUCUUGACAUUAUCCCAGUUAGGUAUCUUAACAUUUUAUUGUUGAUCAGAAAACAAUUAUACUUAAAACUUGGCAAGGAAUAUUUUAUUAAAAUUUCAAGGUUAAUAAAAGAAAUGCAGGCUGUUAAAGUGGCAUUAGCUGUCAAAGUCAAGAUCACGGCUCAAAUUCGUCAUAUUUGAAUUAUAAUAUAUAUGAACUAAAAUCUAUAUCCAAAUUAUAAAGAGUCUUAAACUUGAAUCUUAGUAAAAUUGAGCUUUGGGCCUGUGGAUUCAAAAUCUUAUUGUGAAGACUGAACGUGUUAUUAAUCGUAAACUGGUUGUUCUAGGGUACAAACUGGAUAUCUAUUUGAAUUAUGAUAGGAGUCAAAUUGUGAUGGUUUUCUGGCUUAAAUAUCUUGCAAUUUUCUUUGUUAGAAUAAAAUAUAUAGUGCUAUACUUUUACGACUUUUUGAGUUAGUUUGUUUUGUUGAUUUUUUAGAGUAUAUCAAACUCAAAUUUUAUCUAAGAAAAAGUACUUUUUGUUGACAUAUAUGAGAAGUAAUUAUAUAUAGAUUCAUUCUGAUUUAACCAAAUUAGAAAAUUAUAUCUUGAGAUUUUUUUUAUUAAACUCUGACACUGUUACAAUAGAAAGGUCAUAACUAACAGCAUUAUAUAUAAACAUGAUGAAAUAAUAUGUGAUAUCAAUAUCAUAAAGGCAUAUAGAACAAUAGAUUAGUCCAUAUUCUAUGCCACCUCAGAAAAUACUAAAUGUGCAGGUAACAAUUUAGUAUAACUUCACUUUUAAUUGGUCAGUACGCACUUUUAAGGUGUUAAAUUAGUAAAUCAAACGUUAAUAAUUCAUUUUCAAACAUUAAGGAUAUUUGAUAAUCCAAAAUUAUAAUUUCCCCCUUAUUAAUGUCUUGUGUGAAAAUUUGAAACUUUUUGCGCUUUUACUAAAUAAAAAUCCAUAUCAUAAGGCAUUAUAAAUUAGAACGGUUGAGCUUGAUGCAGUGUUUUAUAAAUUAAUCUAAUAAUUUAAUUUGAUGUGCUUUUAACGCCCUCCGUAGAAAUAAAAUUAUCAGAAAAUAUAUCUUUAAAAAAAUAUUAUAAAAAAUUACCAAUUUAUUUCAAAUAAUUGUUUCAUACCUUUUGUUGCAAUUUCUGAAUUAAAAUAAAUAUAGCUUUACAUGAUUGACCAAUUCUCCAGUUCACUUGUACGUUUCCCUUUGGAAAGAUGAAAUUAUGUUGAAAUAAGCAGUAUCCCAUAACGAUAACCUUGACCAUCUUUGACAUUCCAAAACUUGAUUCCAGUAAUGCAUAUGAUGUACCCUAAUGGAGUUUAUAUUCAAGGUUAAAAUUUCGCUAUUUCAAAGUCAAAACCCAGAAGCAGUUGUAACAUUUGCAUUUUAUUCUUGUAUUUGAUUGUCAGAUGUGUUUAAGAUAUAAAAAAAAUAACAGCAAAAACUAAAUAUAAACUAGCGAGAAAAAAACCCUCAUGAAAAUAUAUCACUUUAUAGUAUACAGUGACCAUAUCUAAUGAUUUGUUAUAAGAUAGUUUUUGUCACACACAGGGUAUUCUAUACUUGUCCUUUGUUUUAUUGUAUAACAGUCUCGUUCUUUGUUCUUUAUAAAUACAACGGAAAAAGAUUUCUAUGGUAAAGUGUAGACCUCCAUAAUAUUACAUGAGUAAAUGGGCUUAUGUGUAAAAAAAAUCUACAGUUACAUUUCUUAUUCACUUACCUGAAAAUGUCACCCAAAACAUGUUGGUUGAAAAUUAAAAAAAAAGGUCAAACUAUUUUUCCUCUGUUUGAAUAUUUACAAAAUGUUAACCUUGAUAUUAAUUAAAAUACAUUUUCAAUAAUCCAGAUAGUCAUUUAAUUGAUAUGUGAGUAAUUUUGGAAUACUUGUACAUGUAUAAGUAUGUUUUGUAUUUCACUAAGAUUGAAUGUCGAAAGCCAGAUUUGUAUAAGAUUAUAAUGCAUUUUUGAACAGAAACACCUAUGAGUAAUUUUACAUAAAUAAUUUGUUUGAUAGAUUUUAUAAAAUUAUGUUAGUGAGCCUCAAGGUCAUGUGAUAUGUGAUCUGUGGUGGGUCACAUGACCAGUGAUCCAUGAUGGGUCAUGUGAUCUGUGAUGGGUUACAUGACCAGUGAUCCAUGAUGGGUCAUGUGUUAUGUGAUCUAUGGUGGGUCACAUGACCAGUGAUCCAUGAUGGGUCAUGUGUUAUGUGAUCUAUGGUUGGUCACAUGACCAGUGAUCCAUGAUGGGACAUGUGAAAUGUGAUCUGUGGUGGGUCACAUGACCAGUGAUACAUGAUGGGUCAUGUGUUAUGUGAUCUAUGGUGGGUCACAUGACCAGUGAUCCAUGAUGGUCAUGUGAUAUGUGAUCUAUGAUGGGUCAUGUGAUAUGUGAUCUAUAGUGGUUCACAUGACCAGUGAUCCAUGAUGGUCAUGUGAUAUGUGAUCUAUAGUGGGUCACAUGACCAGUGAUCCAUGAUAGGUCAUGUGUUAUGUGAUCUAUUGUGGGUCACAUGACCAGUGAUCCAUGAUGGUCAUGUGAUAUGUGAUCUGUGGUGGGUAACAUGACCAGUGAUCCAUGAUGGAUCAUGUGAUCAGUGAGUCCUAAAGGCUGUGUGAUCAUUUGUAUGUGAUCUUCAUAAAAUGUUUUAUGUUUAGACAAUAAUAAAAUGUUGAUCCUUGUGGAUUUCUAAUGAAAUGA